AUGAUCGCCAUACCACCAACCUUUGUCGUAGAUCAACAAUUUCACGAGUCAACCUUAAAACAUUUGGUAGUCGAAACUAUUAAUUUAAUUACAAUUAAAGAUCCAUUUCCAAUUCAUCAAAUAGAUUUCAUGAUCAAAUUAAAAAUCAAUCUCCUUACAUUUAGACCACAAAAUUAUUACGAUGAUUUGGGAGGCGAACAUGAUUCAUUCGAAGACCAUAUUUUGAGGUUUAUAAAUUUAGUUAUUGAAGCUACUAGAAAAUAUAGCUUACAAUUUACUAAAAAUAUAAUAUGUAGUUUUGCUGUGCAAGAAAUGAAACUUGUAGGAAAAAUAUUAGUUGAAAAGGGAGAUGGACCCGAUCCAGAACUCAUUCAAUAA